CUUUCGAGUGAGUGCAUUUUCAUAAUUGGAGCGUGCGUGCGGUCGAUGCGAGUGGGUUGUUGGCGCCGACACUGACACCACGACUGCAACAUAAGACGCCAGCAUAAAGAGCAGGCGUCACGUGAGACUGAGACUCGCGAGAGAGCGAGCGAGUGAGUGGCCGGCCGCUUCAGCCGCGGAUUGAGAGUGAGUGUGGUCGCCGGGCGAGAGUCGAGAGCGUGUGUGCGCGGAUUAACAUUUAUUUUUGCCCCUGCCACUACUGCUGCUGUUGUUUACAAAGGCGAAUCUGCAUAAUGCGCUGAGACAGGGUCAAUCGCAUCGCGUGCAAAUAAGACGCAAGAGAUUUUCACAGCACUACCGCACGACAAUAAACAAACAUUGAUUCCAAUGCGGAGUGGGAAUGCCACAGGAUAGUGAGUAUAUGCAUCGGGUGGAUGGAUAUUAAAACGAGUGUGGCGCGGAGAGGCCGCAGGUGCGACGGAUUAAUUACUAGAAGAUCCAUUCGGUGCCGCACGCCUCGAGUGUUACCAUUAUGCGGAACGACAGUCGCUUUUCUCGCACCACCAUGGACGUUCCCGGGGGCCCACUGAUCAUGCCCCGGCCGCCGCCCCCGUACACCACCGACAAGGACGAGAUCGAGGUGCUCGUCACGUCCACCUUCCUGCCCAGCUAUGACGCCAUCAGGAAGGGAAGUUCGUCAGAGUGCGAGAUCAGGACCGAGGUCCGCAAAAAAAUACUCAGGGACUUAGGCCCGCCGAAACCGACAAAGACGAACUGGUGCGCCAUUCUGCUGGCGUUUCUCUCAGGCGUGUUCUUCACCCUGUGCUCGGCUUUGGUGAAGGGGCUUGAGUCAAUAGAUCCGAUGGAGCUCCUGGUCCUGAGGUCGUCCAUCCAGGUGGCCGCGAUGCUGCCCAUCGUAGCCUACAGAGGCCGCAACCCCUUCGGACCCCCAGGGCUGAGGCUCCUCCUCGUUUUGCAGGGCAUCGUCGGCGGAGUGACGCUGGUGCUGCUGUUCUUCUCUUUCCGGAGACUUCCCCUGGGAGAUGCAACCUCCAUCAUUUUCAGCUCGCCGGUGUUUGUGCUGCUGCUAUCGUUUUUAUGCCUCAGAGAACCUUGCGGUUUUUUCCGCACCCUGAUCGUGUUCCUACUGGUCACCGGCGUCGUGCUCAUUUCCAAGCCGCCUUUGAUCUUCCACCAGGGCGAGGUGGAGAAUUACGACGGCUUAGGAUACUCAGCGGCGAUUUUGGGUGCCCUCUUCACCGCGAUCAACAUUGUUGUGAUGCGCCGGUGUAAGGAGGUGCACUACUCGAUCCUCGUGCUGCACUUUAGCGCCUGGUCCCUCGUGGUGGCCACGAUUCUCACGCAAAUCCACGGUCCCUGGACGACGGGAGGGCCAUUGCGACACGCAUCGCUCAUGCACUGGGGCCUCGCCAGCCUGGUCGGAGUCACGGGACUGCUGGGUCAAGUUCUCCUCGCGCGCGCUCUCAGCAUGGAGGGCGCCGGCAAAGUGGCAGUCACGAGAUCACUUGAUAUAGUGCUCGCUUUCGUUUUGCAGAUUGCAUUUUGGGAUGAAGUUCCCGACUGGAUGGGCGCUCUUGGAGCCUGUUUAGUGUGCAUCUGUGUGGCAGCAAUGGGCGCUGAAGCGCAAUUGACGCAGGUUGCUGCUACGAUACCUUGAUUCCGAUCAACAACGCAUGUGUUUGUACUCAUAAAGUUCAUUUCUCCAUAUUUGUAUCAUAUUUAUUUGCAAUAGUUCAACUGUUGGCACCGCCAUUUAAAUUAAACAUAAGACCUUGUGUAAUUGAAAGCAAAAGUAAAAUCAACGUUCACACAC